AUGGCGGACGCGCUCGCCGGCGGCGGCAUGGUUGGCCAGUUCCCGCUCGAGCAGUGGUUCUAUGAGAUGCCUGUGUGCACGCGGUGGUGGAUGACGGCUGCUUUGAGCGCAAGCCUACUAGUGCAAUGCCACAUCGUGUCACCCUUCCAGCUGUUCUACAGCUUCCGCACUGUCUUCGUACGGAGCCAGUACUGGCGUCUGAUCACCACAUUCUUCUACUUCGGGCCCUUCAGCCUCGACCUCCUCUACCACAUCUUCUUCCUCCAGCGAUACUCGCGCCUCCUCGAGGAGUCGUCGGGUCGGUCGCCCGCCCGUUUCUCGUGGCUUCUUACCUUUGCAUCGACCCUGCUCUUGUGCAUGGCUCCGCUGUUCUCCAUGGCUUUCCUCGGGUCCGCUCUCUCUAGCACGCUUGUCUACAUCUGGAGUCGCAAGAACCCCGACACCCAGCUCAGCUUCCUGGGCAUAUUUAUAUUCAAGGCGCCCUAUCUGCCUUGGGUGCUUCUGUGCUUCUCUCUCAUCAUGCACGGAACGGUGCCCAAGGACGAGAUAUGCGGAAUCGUCGUUGGCCACAUUUGGUACUUCUUCAACGACGUAUACCCGCCGCUGCAUAACAACCACAGCCCGCUUGACCCUCCCGCGUGGUGGGUCCGUCUCUUUGAAGGCCCGCCUCCACCCCCGGAGCCCACUGGCGAGGACCUCACGGAUCUGACAGGCCAGCCCGUCGAUGAAAUCGACGUUCAGCCAGUACCCAUUCGCGACGCACAUGAAUAG